GCUCUUUUUUCCCCCCCUCCUUCCUCCCCACCCCUUUCAAUCGGAGGAAAGAAACCUCGAGGUCUGCAAAGGCUCGCAUUGAAUCGGCCCUAACGAUUCUCGGAUCGUCAUUAUUUGUAACCAUAGAGCAUGAAUUACCUCUUGAGGUCAUCAGCGAGAAUUUACGACUGGUCAACAAAAGCACGUGAUUCCCUAACGCCCCCCCAUCCCCCUUUCAACCCCCCCCCAUAUUUGGCCGCAUACAUAGCAAAACGAAGUACAGUGCAUCGCUAUAAUUCAUUAAUACAUCAUAAAUCGUGAAGCACAGGGUUAUAACGACCACGAUCCACAAAUCAAGCCCUCCAAAAUCACCCAAAUGAGCUCGUACUUUGUAAACUCCUUCUCGGGGCGUUAUCCAAAUGGCCCGGACUAUCAGUUGCUAAAUUAUGGCAGUGGCAGCUCUCUGAGCGGCUCUUACAGGGAUCCCGCUGCCAUGCACACCGGCUCUUACGGCUACAAUUACAAUGGGAUGGACCUCAGCGUCAACCGCUCCUCGGCCUCCUCCAGCCACUUUGGGGCGGUGGGCGAGAGCUCGCGCGCCUUCCCCGCGCCCGCCCAGGAGCCCCGCUUCAGGCCAGCGGCGUCGAGCUGCUCCCUGUCUUCGCCUGAGUCCCUGCCCUGCACCAACGGCGACAGCCACGGCGCCAAGCCCUCUGCCUCGUCCCCCUCCGACCAGGCGACCCCGGCCAGCUCCAGCGCCAAUUUCACCGAAAUAGACGAGGCCAGCGCGUCCUCGGAGCCCGAGGAAGCGGCGAGCCAGCUAAACAGCCCGAGCCUAGCUCGGGCGCAGCCAGAGCCCAUGGCCACCUCCACAGCCGCGCCCGAGGGGCAGGCUCCGCAGAUAUUCCCCUGGAUGAGGAAGCUUCACAUCAGCCAUGAUAUGACCGGGCCGGACGGGAAAAGGGCCCGGACCGCCUACACGCGCUACCAGACCCUGGAGCUGGAGAAGGAGUUCCACUUCAACCGCUACCUGACGCGGCGGCGGCGCAUCGAGAUCGCCCACGCGCUCUGCCUGUCCGAGCGCCAGAUCAAGAUCUGGUUCCAGAACCGGCGCAUGAAGUGGAAGAAAGAUAACAAACUGAAAAGUAUGAGCCUGGCUACAGCCGGCAGCGCCUUCCAGCCCUGAGCCCUCCGGGAGGAGCCCUGGGCGGCCCAACUGCCCUCGCCGCCCCCAGCCCCAGCCCCUUCGAGCCUCCCCGUGCUGCCGCCGCCCGCUGGGGACUGGUUCCCGCGAGCCUGCCUCGCCCCGGCCUUGUGUUACGGUUUUUCGUUUGGUCUUAGAUCUUCCUGUGGCACUCUCUCUCCUGGACUGGUUAAUCUUGUUAUUAUUGUUAAUAAUAAUGAUAAUUAUUAUGUUCCCUCCACGCUCCUCGCUCCCCUCCGCUCACCCCAAAUCCACGAGUGUUUCUGAAUGUUCGUGUCUGUGGUUGCAGUCCUUCCUCCAGGAAGAAAAGAAACUCGCAUGUUUAAUGUGAACUUUCCCUUCCCCAUCUUGUUCUCCUAACUUAUUUAUAAAAAGGGUGGUUGCUGUAUUUUGAGUUUCAGCUCGAAACUUCUCUAAGGGGCAGCAGUUGAGGUGGGGCGGCGCCGCAGUGCCGGGGCCAGCUGAGCUGGCCUGGCGACGGAGUCCAUGACUGUGCCUCUUUCCGCCCUCCUCCUCCUCCUCCCUCUCCACUCCCCAGGCCCAAGUCUCUUAGUGGCUUGGGCCUGGGGUGGGAAGGGGCCAGGGAGGACCAAGGGGGUGGUGUUGAGAAGAGGGAAAGUAUAUAGUGAUAUUUGAGUUCCUGCCGCCUAGGUAGGCCCCACCAGGCCUGGUCUGGGAGUGUACGGAAACAAACAUAAUCUUCAGUGUAAAAUGUUGUGUGUAUUUCUCUGUGAAUCCAUGGGUCUGGUGUAGAGGGCCCAAAGCUUGUAAAUACGGGGACAGUCUGGGUCAGACCCAUCUCCGUCCCCCUACCCAUUUCGCUCCCAAAACAUUUGUAGUGAGCGGGUGGACACUGUGCUAAGUGUGAAAUCUGUCUCCGCCGGACCUGUCUCAGUGAUUCGCUUUUGAUAUUUGUUUGUAGCUUUCCUUGAAGUCAAAUAAAUGU